CAUGAAAAUAAUAUAAUUGAAAUAGUUUUAUUCAUUUUCAAUAAUCCUAAUAAGAGGAAUUUUAAAACUCAAGCCAUUUUUAAAAAAGAUAGUUAUUACUCUGUUGAUGAUAAAAUCAUACCUAAAAUUUAUAAAGGCAAGAAGAGACCAAAG